CUCUUGGCAAGGCGAUUAACAUAGGAAAGCAGGAGAAAGAAGUGGGUUGUAAGGAGGGAAGUGAAAGCAAAAUACCCUUAGUUAUUCUGAAAGAUCCCUUAUGCAGAUAGCUAAUAGCUAGAAAUCACUGAACACAGCCCUCAUUCAGGGGGCGUGUGCGCAAAAAGCAUUCAAAACCCAAGGCUAGAAAAUGAAUUUGUUGAGGGAGCCCCAGCAUCAGCCUGUGAGAAUAUGAUGCCUGUGCAUAUGGGGGUCCAGCCCCAGCCAAGUCCAGCCCCCUAUGAGAUCCAGAUUGAUGUAUCUUCCUUCGUGAACAGGCAGCCGAUUAAUGUUCAGAUUGUAGGGCCGGGAUACAGAGGCCUGUUGCUGGAAGCUCGCACCUUUGGCUCCACUGCUGCACUUGGCACUUGGCAGAAUCCUGCCAAUAACACUAAGUUCUUACAGUGCUCUGGAAACCCAAAAGGUGCGAUUACUCAUUCUAACACCGAGUUAAAAACAAGCCUGACCACUUAUACCUGGCUGCCCCCAAUCUCUGGUUGCCCUGCCGUUAUUACAUUCAGGGCAACUGUAGCACAGUCUCGUGAAGUUUAUUGGCUCGGUAUCAAAUCCAAAGUGAUCUGGAGAGAUUCUAAAGCUACGUGUGGUGCUGAGAAGCUUACAUGGACAGUUAUUAUUGUGACAAUGAUGUCUUUCCACUUACUGCUUUUACCUGGCUACUUAUAUUAAGUGUUGGCGUUUCAGAGGAUCUAUUAAACGUCUAAGGAAUAAAUACAGACCCUGUAUACAAUCACUGCAUUUGCUUCUGCCAUGAAGUGGAUUCUGGAAGCCUAAGGCCUUUGUCUAAACACGUUAUACUGUUUUUAAACUAUACCAAUAUAGUUAAAGUAAUGCAACCCUCUAGUGCACAGUUAUACUGGUACAGCUUAUUCCCUACAGGCACGUUAUAUAAGUAUAACAAUGUCCCCUCUCUGGGUAUUACUCUCACAACCCUAACCAAUGCCGUUUUAAUAUUACAUGAUCUGUAUGUAGACUAGGACUAAGGUUAAAGUUGAGUAGUACAAAGCUAUAGUGAAAUCUCAGAGCAGGUAGAACUGAUCUGAAAAACAAAAUUAACGCCAUGACUUUAACUGCAUUCUAAAUUAGAACCUAUAUAAGAUCAAACUCAUUUGAUUUGUAUAAGGAAUGGUACACAUCAGGAUAUCACUACUAUAUCUGUAUACCUUUUCAUUAUACAUCAAUAGUACAAAAAAUCUUUUAGAUUUAAGACAAUGGCAUUGUAUUCGUUAAUGGUACAUUAAUAGUAGUGGUACACUCCAGAAGUAAUUUCUUAAAAGGCUGGUCAUUUCUUUAAGUAAUGACUGUAUUGCUACUAUUCUUGCAACCUCUCCUUUUUGGGAAGGGUAUCCUAUAAUUGAUUAUGUGACAGCAGAAGUUGAUGCUUUAACAGCUUUAUAAUGAAUAAGAAAUUAAGGCUUAGCAUUACUCAUUGCAUGCCAAUUUCGUGAGGGGGGACACAACCUCAAUAAAUGGUUAUUUUUGCUAUUUUCAGCAGCUUAGUAGUCUAUUAGUGUAUCUGCAGAGAGUUAUACAAGUUACUGAAAAUAACAGGUAUAUAAAUAAAAUAGAUUUAACUCUCUCUGGCACGCCACUAACUUUUGUUGCAAGUUUCUUAACUGGAAGCACAUC